CAUCGUGCGCAAACUGAAUGGAACACCAUAGACUGGUCGGAGUUUAGAUUGUUAUCGAAAUUUAAAAUGCCUUGGGUAAAACAGGAUUAUAAGUACUCGUGUUUCCAAAAAUUGGCAAUGAAUGUUUUAAAACAGGGUAUCAUCCCUACCCAUGUUGCUUUCAUAAUGGACGGGAAUCGGAGACAUGCGACAGCCCAUGGCCUUCAAAAAACCGAGGGUCACAAGCAGGGGUUCUCAAAAUUGUCUGAGGUUCUUCGAUGGUGCUACGAUUUUGGGGUAAGAGAAGUGUCGGUAUACGCUUUCAGCAUCGAAAACUUUAAAAGAUCGGAAGGCGAGGUCUCGUUUUUAAUGGAUCUUGCUUUGAAUAAACUCAAUGAUCUGGUUCAGAAUAAAGACGAGUUGCACAAGCAGGGUGUUCGAGUUCGAGUUUUGGGUAAUCUCCGUUUACUCCCCAUAGGAGUUCAACGUGCGGCGGCAAGAAUAAUGCUUAUGACGAGCGAAAACUUUCGAGCUACACUGAACAUACUGAUGUCUUAUACAACUCGUGACGAACUAACAACGACAUUGAGUACCAUCCGUCGUGGCGUGCAGUCGGGCAUUUUAAAAGAAGAGUAUGCCGUAACUUGGGACAUAUCACCGGAGUUGAUUGAUAAAAGCAGCCAGUUGCGGGGCUGUCGGCCUCUGGAUCUUUUGGUGCGUACCUCAGGUGAGGUUCGGCUAAGCGACUUCAUGCUUUGGCAGGCUUCGCGCUCCGCAGCCCUCUUCUCCUUCUUCAAGGUCAACUGGCCUGCCUUCUCGUUUUGGCAUCUUGCUGCCGCCAUUCUCCACUUUCAACUCAAUCGUUCUGCUCUUGUACCACUUCCCGAGGCGGUGCGAUGCCAUUUGAAUGAAUUGGAUUCGCACAACACAGCCAACGGUCACGGUGGCAUCUAUCAACCCGUCACAAUCGAUGCUAUUAACGCAGAGAAUCGCACUCGCCGAUUAGCGAAAUUUUACGCGAGCUUGGAGAAGGAAUACAUGGACGAACUCUUUGAAAUAGCUAACCUCCCUGAAGUGGAUGAAACAUCUGCUUAA